UCUCAUCUCUCUCAUCUCUCACAGCGCGUGUAAACGCUCUCUCUAUUUAAGCACACCAUCCUCCUUUCUUUCCACUUUCUUAAAACCUCUCCAAUUCUUCUUCUUCUUCGCUUUCCGAUCCUAAUAUAACCCCAAUUUCUCUAUUCCACUAUAUAUAUCGUUGAAUUCAAAAAGAUAUUUAGUUUGAUUGUGUUAGAUGGAAGAGCCUGUCGUAGUUAACAAAGGCGAGGAGCCGCUGGAUUUGCCACCAGGUUUCAGAUUCCACCCAACAGACGAAGAAAUCAUCACUUAUUACCUCACCGAGAAGGUCAUGAACAGCAGCUUCAGUGCAACUGCCAUAGGUGAAGCCGAUUUGAACAAAUCCGAACCCUGGGAUUUACCAAAGAAAGCAAAGAUGGGAGAGAAGGAGUGGUACUUCUUUUGUCAGAAGGACAGGAAAUACCCGACGGGGAUGAGGACCAAUAGAGCAACGGAUUCCGGUUACUGGAAGGCAACCGGAAAAGACAAAGAGAUUUUCAAAGGGAAAGGGAAUCUCGUUGGGAUGAAGAAAACGCUUGUUUUCUACCGAGGUAGAGCUCCCAAGGGUGAAAAGACCAAUUGGGUCAUGCAUGAGUUCAGAUUGGAAGGCAAAUUUGCCAAUUAUAACCUCCCCAAGGCUGCAAAGGAUGAAUGGGUUGUGUCGAGGGUUUUUCACAAGAACACAGAUGUAAAGAAGACUACUACCCCAUCAUCAUCAUCAUCAAUAAUUCCUGGCCUUUUGAGGAUCAACUCAAUAGGCGAUGAUCUUCUAGAUUGUUCCACACUCCCACCUCUCAUGGACCCUCACCCUACUCCUCUCGAUACAACAAAAUCCGACGGCUAUUAUUUCCCCUCCUUCUCAUCAUCACAUCAGAUUCUCAAUAUCAAGCCCGAAGAACACAACACAAGCCACCAAAUUCCCAUCACCAACUACCAGAUUCCAAAUUUCAAUACCACACUCUCUUCUUCAUCAUCUCAUCAAAUCAGACUCCAAAAUCAUCUCAACUUGUUCUCAUCAUCAUCAUCAAAUAACAAUUACCAUAAUAGCUCGUGGCCAAGCUAUUAUGAUGAGGUCCACCACCAUCAUCAAGAUGAUAUUCUACUAAGAGCAAUCGCCUCAAAGAACUAUAGCAACGGAGGAGGAGGAGGCGGCGGCGAGUGCAAGGUGGAGCAAUUCUCCUCCGGCAACCAGUCAGUGGUGAGCGUUUCGCAAGACACGGGGCUGAGCAACGACAGAACCACCAAUGACACGUCAUCGGUGGUUUCGAAGCAGCAGCAUAAUAAUAAAACAUUGUACGAGGAUCUUGAAGGUCCUUCUUCAUCAGUUGCACCUCUUUCAGAUUUGGAAUGCUUGUGGGAUACCUACUGAAAAUUCAUCAACAUCAAGUUUCCAAUCCUAUCCGUGUUUUUUUAAUUCAUAUUCAUAUAAGUAUCAUCAUGCAUAUAGUGAUUUACCUAUAUACUAUGUUGCUGGUUUUUCUUUUUUUAAAAUCAGGCUUCUAUACUGAUUAAUUAUUUAUAUAUUAUUAUUAUUGUUAUUAUCAUAUAUACAUAUAUCAUUGUAGGAUUAAGGAGGAAACUAAAGGUUAUUGGAUACACAUAUAUACUGUAUAGAUUUAUGAUAUCCAUGACUCUUUUUUUUCUUAAGUGUUAGGUUUUCCCAUCAUAGGUUAUAUCGAGGACAAGGACCUGGUGAAAUCAUGUAAAUCUAUAUAUUCUUUUGUUAUAUUAGUGUGUUUGUUUUA